AUGGGGAAUGUCAUUGUGACCUUUGAUCUCCCCGCACAGCUCCGUAACCAUGUGGCACUGCCCCUUCCCUGCACCAGUGAGUUCCCAAGGUGCCCAUGGCUGUCGGCUGCAUUCUGCACCCUUCCCCACGUGCUCCCUGGCCUCUGUGCCUGUGCUGCACCCUCCAGUGAGGCUGACAGUGGACGUGCUUCUCUUGGAGCCUCCCUGAGGCUCUGUGGUAAGGUCCCAGGUGUAUGUCCCUGGCGGCUGUCUGGCCUGCAGAAUGCCUGGGGGGAGGCUGCAGUCUGUCCUAGGUGGCUCGAGGCUGAGCGGGGGUUUUACGGCACAGGUGCGGGCUGCGCGGUGCCUGGCGAGUCUGGCAGGGUGGUGUCGUUGAGGCAACCUUUGAGACUGCAGGGCAGGGCACCGACAGUGUUGAUUGUUCUGCUCAGGGCAGUAUUUGCAUUGCCAGGUUCCGCCUUGGCACUCCGGCGGGGUAGCGAGCCAGAUCCCCGCACCACUGCUCUGCCGGCGUCCCCUCUCUGCUGUCCUGGGCUCAGCGGGAGCUGUCUGUGCUGCUCCUGCCGUGAUCCUGCCUGGCAGCCAGCAGGAGCUGCAGGAAAUGGGAUCCGGAGGCGGACGCCUUGGCAGGGCGAUAGGGCUGCGCUGCAUCCUCCAGGCACCGGCACAGCCCAGUUUUACUGCUCUGCAAGGCCAAAGCAACACACCAGCGUGGGGCUGCUCGGGUGGGCGGCCAGCUGUCCGGUGUGGGAGGAGUCCGGCUGUGCAGAGGGCCCGGCAGUAAGGUAUGUCUUUGCUGACUUCGGCGGCUCCGUCUCGCUCUCCUGGCUUGGAGACAGCAAUGGAGUCAUUCUCGUCCUGACCACGUUCAAGAUCCCGCUGGUGUUAGUGAGCUUCACCAAGUCCAACCUGUACAGGAGCGAGGACUAUGGCAAAACGUUCACGGACAUCACGAAGCUCAUUAACCACACCUUCAUCCGGACGGAGUUUGGGAUGGCCAUCGGACCGGAGAACUCGGGGAAGGUGAUUCUGACGGGGGACGUGCCUGUGCCUGGAGGGAGACGUGGUGGAAAGAUCUUCAGAUCGUCCGAUUAUGCUAAGAACUUUGUUCCGACAGAUCUCCCCUUUCAGCCCCAGACUCAGGUCAUGUACCACCCGCAGAACUCCGACCACCUGCUGGCCCUCAGCACCGAAAACAGCCUCUGGGUGUCCAGGAACUUUGGGGAGAAGUGGGAUGAAGUCCACAAAGCUGUUUGUCUGGCCAAAUGGGGCCCCGACACCACCAUCUUCUUCACCACGUACCUGAACGACUCCUGCAAAAUGGACCUUGGGUUUCUGGAGCUAAAGAAAACCAAGGACUUUGGCAAAAGUUUCAAGACCAUAGGAAACAGAAUCUACUCGUUCGGCCUGGGAGGUCGCUUCCUCUUUGCGUCCGUAGUGACGGAGAAGGGCAAUACAAGGAGGAUCCAUGUUUCAUCUGACCAAGGAGACACCUGGAACAUGGCCCAGCUUCCCUCUGUGGGCCAGGAGCAGUUCUUCUCCAUCCUGGCAGCUAACGAGGACAUGGUGUUCAUGCACGUGGAUGACCCUGGAGAUACGGGCUGCGGCACAGUCUACACGUCGGACGAUCGAGGCCUCAUCUACUCCAAGUCCCUCGAGCGGCAUCUCUACACUGGCGUUGGGAGUGAAACAGACUUCACCAACGUGACCUCGCUGCGGGGGGUCUUCAUCACCAGCGUGCUCUCCAAAGACCGCGCCAUCCAGUCAGUGAUCACGUUCGACAGAGGCGGCAAGUGGCAGCCCCUGAGGACGCCCGUGGAUGCGCCGUGCAACGCCACGAAGGACGCGGCGGAGGUGUGUGUGUCGGCCUCGUACGGCAUCUCCCUGCAUCAGAACGUCCCCAUGCUGCCCCUGUCCGAGCCCAAUGCGGUCGGCCUCGUCAUCGCUCACGGCAGCGUGGGGGAUGCCAUCUUCACCGCGACCCCCGACGUUUACAUCUCGGAUGAUGGGGGCUACACCUGGGCCCGGAUGCUGAAGGGGCCCCAUCACUAUGCCAUCCUGGACUCCGGGGGCAUCCUGGUCGCCAUUGAGCACAGCCCUGAGCCCAUCAAUGUCCUUAAGUUUUCGACGGACGAAGGCCAGUGUUGGCACAAGUACACUUUCUCCAAGGAGCCCAUCUACUUCACUGGCCUGGCCUCGGAGCCCGGAGCCCGCUCUAUGAACGUCAGCCUUUGGGGCUACAGAGACUCUUUCUUGUCCCGCACGUGGGUCUCCUACACCAUUGACUUCACUCCUCUGCUCAGCAGUAACUGCGAGAAGGACGACUAUACCGUCUGGCUGGCUCACUCCAGCCAGCCCGGCAACCACACCGACGGCUGCGUGCUGGGCUUCAAGGAACAGUACCUGCGUCUCCGCAAGUCCUCUGUCUGUCAGAAUGGCCGGGACUACCUGGUGGUCAAGCAGCCGUCCGUCUGCCCGUGCACGCUGGAGGACUACCUCUGCGAUUUUGGCUAUUUCCGCCGUGAAAACCAGUCGUGGUGCGAGGAGCAGCCGGAGCUGCAGGCCCACGACCUGGAGUUCUGUCUGAACGGCCGGCAGGAGCUGCUGACGACUCGAGGGUAAAGCGGCUUUUUGGCAGGAUUUGCUCAGUGAA